AUGGUGGUGCAGUUGCGGUCCAGGGGUAAGGCCGGUGGAUCAUCAGCUGAGCCUGAAGCGACAGUAAAUCCGCGAAAACGUACUAGAAGAAAGCAGUCAGAGACAUCUUCCGCGCUUAGGUCAAACAUUGAGGUACACAUCAAUGCAUCGGGGUCGAACUCAAGUCGGCAGUCAACCAUUCAUGCAAUCCCGCGAGAUCAGCCCUCUACGAACCAAAGCCGGGUCACGAGAUCGAAAAGAGCCAAUACUCCCCAUGAAAAACUACCCUCGCCCGCUCCGAGAAAACAUCUGGCUACGGACGCAGGUUUCAAGCGCCUGCGUCGUUCUCGUCGCAAAGCUGCGCUGGAAAGUGCUGAAGGGGAUGAACAACCUCAACUGAACCAGGAACACGAAGAGGCCUCGGAAGGGGAGGAAAACGCCUUACCGGAACACACGGACUUGAUGAAUAUCAUCAAUUCGAACAUCCUAGAUAGCAAUAAUUCUAGGAACGAGCUACUCCUGGAGAGAGCUGGGAGGAGGAUGUCUGGGUCAGAAGCUCCUCAAACUGUAGAGUCGGACGAAAUUUUCGCCUUAGACGGCAUACAACAGGAGCAGGAACCAGACAACGCUGAAAAUAGCCAAGUUUCAGCUCCAAGUCCUGAGCAACCAGAAGCACCACAUGAAGAAGAUCGAGUAUCUGGGCAGGAGGCUCCACCAGCAACGCAAGAGAUGGCACAAAUUAAUCCAUCUUCUCAAAUGAAAUCGUUACCACGAAAACGCAGACGCCAGAGUCAGAAGACGCCUUAUGGCGCACCUGGUUAUAAUGCAAGGAGCGUGUCCCCGGAGCUCGGUUCGGCACUUCCUGAGGCGGCAGCCAUAGAGGCAUCAGCGUCACAACAGAUCCACGCUGGGGGUGAUUACUAUGACGUUCCGUCCGACGGAGAGCAACCAAGUCAACCGAUAUUGUCAAGAAGGGGGAGGGAGACCCACGGCACGCAGGCUGAACAUAGACGGAAAACUAAACAGGGCAAACGAAAGAGAAGUCAACGUGAGCAACAAAAUGGCCAAAUACCAACACAGGCUGAGAAAGAGCCAGAAGAAGAGCGAAAUGAAGAGGGUACCCGAAAGAAAGAUAAGAAUGGAGAUCAAGACGGGGAAUAUGAGAAUGAAGAUAUAGACUCCGAUGAUAAUGAGCCGGCAGCAGAACAUGAGCUUGAUAUAUCGGAUCUGACUGAAGAUUCGUUGCUCCUCGACGAACCACCGAGUGGCUCGCAAACAGCGCUCCUAACCCCUACCGCCUGGGUAAAGCGAGAUACAGUAAAGAAACUCCUUACGGGCAUAACUAAAUCAGGGUGGAUGAAUGGAAGGAAAUGGAAGGAGGGCAUUCUCGCGCUCGCAAAAAUAGCUUCUGAAGCUUUGGAAGAGGAUGGACGUGUGCGAUCGAGGCUUAUCUUGGGUAAACUACACAGUCUCCACGAACUAUGCAAGGAGAUCCCGUCAUCAUCGAACUCACAGCAGUUGGAAUAUUUUCGCGAGCACACAGCCCAGCUCAGCAGUUUAUACACCACACUUCGCGUGGCAAUUGACGAAUUCAUUUCAUCCAUCAACACGAUAAUGGAGCAGGGCGACGCGAAGCAAGUGGGCCAGGGCUUUCAAUAUGUGACAAAGUUGCACAGACGCAUCAUUCCUAUGCUGGUUCUGGUAUUAGAACGAAUUUUCGAGGCUGGAAGACCUGAUGAGAAGGCCGAAAAAGGAGAAUUUACAGUGUAUACACUCGAGCCACUGGAAAGGACUGCAGGCUGGAUCCAGAGACUAUCCCACGUCGUGGAAAGCUGGUACGAGCUUUAUCCUCCCAGAAGAGAACGUGAUCAAAGCGAAAAGUCUAAGGAGGAUCGAAGAGUCUUCAGGGAGACCACAAAGCGGCUCAAGGCAUCGCUCGAGAAGGCCAGAGAAAGGAUUGAUGCUAUCAAGAGAGCGCCGAUCGAACGAAAAAGAAAUAUGGAGAAGGAUGAAGCUAUUCGAAGGGAACGCGAGGCUGAUGCGCAGCGGCGCAGGGAGAUCCAAGAUAUGCAGAUGCAGCGCUUUCUACAGUCGAUGCAGAAGGUUGAAUCAUCUCAAGCGCGUCCGUCCACGAUAGGCUCAUAUCGGGGGGCAGUGCGCUAUCGCUCCAUAGCUAGUCAGCCAGGCUUGAUGAGAUCGCAAGAGCCGUCGGAUGAUGAUUAUUUUGAGAAGCAUGGCUGGCACUACUGGGAAGAUGAUCAACUCUUAAGCUUGAUCCGAACCACAUCCCACCCGAACUACGAGGUCCUCCACCGGAUGCUUCCCAAUCGAGAUCCUGAUGAGCUGAAAGAACGGUCAGAUUAUCUGAGAAUGGUUAUGCGGGACAAAUACCAGCGAAAGGGUAUCCAGCCGCCUCGAUGGUGUGUUGCUGAAGAUUGA